AUGGCGUGUCGAAGCGGAGGGAAUGGGUUGGGGAUUCUGCUGAUAUUCUUGGUGGAUUUACUGGGAACGGCAGCCAGCAAUAUGGAGCCCAUCUACUGGAAUUCCCUGAACGAAAGAUGGGACAGACGGAGAGAUGGGACUCCAUUGUCGACCCACCGCAGGCAAGCCACCGUUAAUGAGGCCUUUUCGCGGGAGCAGCUGAGGCGAUCCAGACACAGCAGGACUUUCCUGGUGGAGAGUGGAACCGGAGAGCUGUGGUCGGAGAUGCAGACUGGUGACAGGUACAUCGUGGCUGACUGUGGCGGGGGGACGGUGGACCUGACUGUCCAUCAGAUUGAACAACCACAGGGGACUCUGAAAGAGCUCUACAAAGCUUCAGGCGGCCCUUAUGGUGCGGUUGGCGUGGACCUGGCGUUCGAGGCCAUGCUUUGCCAGAUUUUCGGCGAGGACUUCAUCCAGAGCUUCAAAGCCAAGCGGCCGGCAGCCUGGGUGGACCUCACCAUCGCCUUCGAGGCCCGGAAACGCACGGCCACGCCGGGCCGGGCCAACGCCCUCAACAUCAGCCUGCCCUUCUCCUUCAUCGACUACUACAAGAGGCACAGGGGCCAGAGUGUGGAGACCGCCCUGCGGAGGAGCAACAUGAAUAUAGUGAAGUGGUCGUCACAGGGGAUGUUGCGGUUAACUCAAGAGGCCAUGAACGAGCUCUUCCAGCCAACUAUUGGCAACAUCGUCAAACACAUUGAGGAGCUGAUGGCAAAGCAGGAAGUGCGCGGUGUGCGUUUCCUGUUUCUGGUCGGCGGGUUCGCCGAGUCGCCUAUGCUGCAGAAGGCGGUCCAGAAUGCGCUGGGGCGAAUGUGCCGCAUUAUCAUCCCCCAGGACGUUGGCCUGACCAUACUGAAGGGGGCCGUGCUGUUUGGACUGGAUCCCACCGUGGUACGGGUCCGGCGGUGUCCUCUUACCUACGGCGUGGGCGUGCUGAACCGUUUCGUGGAGGGACGCCACCCCCCCGACAAGCUGCUCAUCAAAGACGGGCGCGAGUGGUGCACCGACGUCCUCGACCGCUUCGUGUCCGUGGACCAGUCGGUGGCCCUUGGCGAGGUGGUGAGGCGGAGCUAUACGCCGGCCCGCGUCGGCCAGCGGAAAAUCAUCAUCAACAUCUACUGCAGCCUGACCGACGACGUCGUGUACAUCACGGACCCCGGGGUCAGGAAGUGCGGCACCAUCACGCUGGACCUGCCGGAGCCGCUGCCGGUGCCGGGAGCGGUGGGCGGGGCGGUGGCCGGAGCGGUAGGCGGCGGAAGAGGAGGGGACAGGAGGGAGAUCAGGGCGACGAUGCAGUUCGGUGACACGGAGAUCAAAGUCAUGGCGGUGGACAUGUCGUCGAGCCGCUCGGUGAGGGCCUCCAUAGACUUCCUGUCUAACUGAGGAGACUCAGUACAGGCCUACCGUACAUGUACGUUUGAUUCCAUGAGGCGCUCAGAAUGACGUAAAAAGUCAAAGGAGGUACAUUGGGCAGAGGUGUUAUAUAUUUUGUCGUGAGAACGGGAGCUUUUUGUUUGCUAAAGGAACUCCUCUCAGUAGACCACACAUACGAUUACUCCUCAGAAAUGUAAAAAAAACCAAAAACAUGUUGAGUAUUUUAUUUUCAUUUAAUUCUGCUUGUUCCAGAUUAGUAAUCUUCAAAAAGGGCCAGCUGUUUUUUUUUCCUCAAAGGGCGUUUGACCCUACACAGAGGUGACGCCCAGCCCAUUUGAGUUAAUUAAUUGGCAUCACUUGAGAGUUUCUUGUCACACGGUCGAAACUCUUUUUCCGGUAGAGAAAAGUAAUCUGAAAGGAACGCUUGUGUGAAUUCUGUGAAUUCAGCGCCUCGGAGAAUAGAGGGGAAGGAAACAUCUGAGUUGGCUCAAUUAACAGUUAUCAGAAGACCCCCUUCAACACGUCUGCCUCUGAUCCCUGGAGGGAUUCGACGCACACAUUACAAGAAGGCCUAACUGGUGUUUCAGUACCAAAUACUGGAGUGCUGGGGGGGUGGGGGGGUCCUCUGCAGCUCCUGAUCUACACGGAUACCUCAUUUUAAAACACGAGUCACUAUUGAACAUCCUUCAUUCGCCAGUUUGAAACCACACUUACCAUCCAACACCUACUCGACUGCAGCUAUUCUUUCUCCGCCUAGUUGCCAAAGUAGUGAACUACCAGCCGAAAAAGCUAUUUGCCAUAGUAAAGGGUUGUUUUUUUUUUAAGAGUGCAUCU